GGGAAAUGUAUUUGCAACAAGUACGUAUCUGUAUGUUGUUUGGAUGACUUUAAUUGGCUUAUGUAGGUACAAAGUACGAAGAUUAUCCAACGAGCCAACUCUCACUUUGGAGGUAUUGUCUUACUCGAGUAGAGCUUCCUAGCUCUUUCUCGAGCAAUCAGGUCAAUUGGUUAACAUGUCACUAAUUGAUUAUAUAGAAACAUGACUGGUUCUCUUGAAUCCAUUCAUAUUCAGCAUCCUCCCAAAGGUUCCAAGGUUCUCUUCAUUCCAAUUCAUUCAGUCGUCCAUAAGUCAGUCUCCUACCUGGAGCCGGGACAUCGAGUUUGGCCGACUCCGAUUACACCACGCUGGAGUAAAGAGCCCCAUAAUUUGUGGAACCCUGUACACAAGGACUUCAGCCCAAGAUCUCUUAACUCCGUCUUUGCUCCAGAGGUAUCGCAUUCGCAUAUCACUUCCACCUAAGAAUCCAAGCCGUAAGCCUGUUGACAGCUUUCCUUUACUAUUAGGUACGGAGUACUGAGUACUUGGUCCUUUAAAUCCGUGAGACUCAAAAAGCGCUCUCUUUCCCAUUUCUUUUCUAUUUCCUUUUGUCAUGCGGGCAUUUUUUAGCAGUCUUCUCCGGCGCAAACACAAACCCCCCACCCCCACCCACAACCAUACAAAAAGAGCAAUGUCCAAUGGAAUGGCGGCUGCAAUGGCUUAUGCUUGUACCAUGACUCCUCCUAGUGCGCUGGGAGCUGUUCCGGAGGAGUCGAAAGAAAAGGCGCAUCAUUUGAAAGAUGGGAAGGGAUUUAGGAAUCCGUGGCCGAGUUGGGUUGAUCAGUCCCCGAUCAAAAUAACUAGUGCUAUGGCCUGGUAUGUUCUGCCCUUUCCUACAUUUUUUUGCUGGAAAAAACUUCUGGAUUUAUAUGAUAUUUUGAGUUUGUUCAAAAUUCCGGAAGAUCUGGGUACAUGUUUGCGGGCGUAGAAAAAACUCAAUGAGCCGUAGAGUGAUGCUGACAUCCCCAAGGCGCGCAAUAACUGGAAACCUCAAAUGGCCCGACACCACCCCUCCAACAGUCAAAGUCAUAAAACCAGACUUUCUCCCCUCUCGAACUGCUUCUACCUCCCUUCGGGCAACGUGGCUCGGCCAUGCAUGCUACUACGUCGAAUUCCCCGGUGGUCUUCGAGUCCUCUUCGACCCGGUAUUUGAAGAACGUUGUUCCCCCUCCUCCCAUAUAGGACCUAAACGCUACACCGAAAUCCCCUGCAUGAUCAAAGACCUUCCCGUCGUCGACGUAGUGGUAAUCAGUCACUCACACUACGACCAUCUCUCCCAUCCCACCAUUCUCGAACUCCAUAAACACCAUCCAAAUGCGCAAUUCGUGGUCGGACUAGGGCUCAAGAAAUGGUUCAUAAACAGUGGGGUAAAAAAUGUACAGGAGAUGGAUUGGUGGCAAGACGCAGAUCUCACGCUGUCCCCUGAAUCAGGCGAGAACAGGCUAUCUACUACUUCUUCCCAGGAUCCAGCGACUGGAACAAACUCCACAGAUAUCAAAGCAAGAGUUUCCUGUCUUCCCUGCCAACACACCUCCAACCGCAGUGCCUUUGACCGCAACGUGACCCUCUGGUGCUCCUGGGCCGUUUCCUCGGGCGGGAAAUCCGUCUGGUUCGGAGGCGACACAGGAUAUCGAUCCGUACCCGAAGUCCCAGCAGGAGAAGACGAUUACGGACCAAAAUACGCCAAUCUCCCAUCCUGUCCCGCCUUCAAGGAGAUCGGGAACCUGAGAGGACCAUUUGAUCUAGGUCUCAUCCCGAUAGGUGCUUACGAUCCAAGACAUAUCAUGAGUCCUAUGCAUGCGAAUCCGUUCGAUAGCGUGAAUAUCUUUGUCGAUACGAAGUGUAAGAAGGCGAUGGGCAUUCAUUGGGGGACUUGGGUGCUUACUACUGAAGAUGUGCUUGAGCCGCCGAUUUUGUUGAGGGAGGCGAUGAGGAAGAAGGGAUUGGAGGAGAGGGGGGUGUUUGAUGUUUGUGAUAUUGGAGAGAGUAGGGAGUUUUGAAUUAGCGAAGGAUUUAUGAUUAGUUAAGUGGUGGGCUGGUUGGAGUUAGGGGUUGGAUUUAGAUGGAUUUGAGAGGAUGUAGGAAAUAGCUCCUUUCUUAUAUUUCAUGGUUGCUCUUAGAUAAUACCCUCCUUUCCAUUGUUAUCUAUAUUUCUGUUGACCUCGAACCUAUCCCUGGACAGGGAUUGUAUUUUACAAACUUCCAUCCCACCCCUUCCUCGCCCCUAAGCGAAAAUAUUAGAAACCAGAAAUUUUCUCCACAUUUACGAGAACUUCCUCCAACAACCGCUAUACCACACAAGGAUAUUUGAAAACAUGUAUUCG